CAUAAUCAUUGUUGGAUUGGACAACUUCUCCAUCUUGGAUUACAUCUUCCUAAGGCCAAAGGAAUCAAAUAAACAUGGGAGACAGACUACGGCUGGCAAUUGGAGUCAUGGGCAAUGUUGCCUCCCUACUGCUUUAUUCUGCACCCAUAUUCACUUUUGCAAGAGUCAUUAAAAGGAAAAGUACAGAGGAGUACUCUUGUGUCCCAUAUAUCAUUGCGCUCUUGAACUGCCUUCUUUACACUUGGUAUGGACUUCCCAUUGUGAGCUACAGAUGGGAAAACUUCCCAGUAGCCACCAUCAACGGUUUGGGGAUACUUCUCGAGUUUUCUUUCGUUCUAGUAUAUCUUUGGUUUGCUUCAACCAGGGAGAAGGCAAGCUACUUAUAUUUCUCGUACAAUUUUUAUUAACAGUUUACUAUGUUCUUAAUGUAUGGAAGCAGAAAAGUAUUACCUAUACCAAAGUAGUUGACAUUCAAUGCAUUUUAGAGUAGCCUUAUAGUAUAAGUCCAUAUAUGAGUAUCUAAACAUCAAUAAAUAUUAACUAACAAUUGAAAUGGAUGUACAGAUUAAGGUUGUAGUUAUAUUGAUACCUGUCAUCCUAGCAUUCGGCAUCAUAUCAGCAACCUCUGCUUUUAUGAUUCAUAAUCAUCACCAGCGCAAGGCAUUUGUUGGAAGUGUUGGAGUUGUGGCCUCUGCAGCGAUGUAUGGUUCCCCGCUUGUGGCUGUGAAGCAAGUGAUGCAGACAAAAAGUGUGGAAUUCAUGCCAUUCCACUUAUCAUUUUUCUCAUUCCUAGCAAGUUCUCUAUGGCUGGUCUAUGGAUUAUUGGGCCAUGAUCUCUUUAUCGCAUCCCCAAAUUUUGUUGGCAGCCCAUUAGGGAUCCUCCAACUUGUGCUGUACUGCAUGUACAGAAAAAGAGGAAUCGCAGAAGUGCCUAACAAAUUGGAUGUAGUACAGAAUGACCACAAAUCCACACAGUUGGAGAUCAUGGUUACUGAAGAUACUAAAGAGAAGACCUGAAAAUUGUACACUUUUGUGACCCUUUUUCAAGGGAAACCUCAUGCUGCCGCAAACAUAUGAGCUUAUCAGCACCGCAUGGGCCAUCAUAAUCCAGUUCCCUUUGUAUAAUUAUGAAUGUACCAAUAUGUUAUUCCUCUUCUUUAUUACAAUCUGCCUUCAGCUUACAACCACCCACUAGCUUAGCACAGCAGUGACAGAAACAAGUCUCGUCUUCAAAAGUUGGGAUGCAUCAUAAAAUUUGGAGACUAAACCAAUCAAUUGUCACGUGAAAGUUCUAAUCUAGAAGGAAAAAGCAAGG